AGGUUGCAUUAAUCUAUACAUACAUGUAUCUACAGUAUGUAUAUAGUACAGUUUUCAUGUACUAUCUAUAUUCUAUUUGUUUUACUGAACUGGGUACAAGUCAAAACAAUAAAGAAAGUAAGAAUAUCAAGAGAAAGAAGAAGAACCCUAGAUUUUAAUGGAGCUCAAGAGAGCUUGGUUUGCUUUAGUUUUUGUGGUGGGUUUAUUGUCUUCUUCACAGGUGUUUGCUGGUGAUAUUGUUCAUCAAGAUGAUGUGGCUCCAAAGAAGCCUGGUUGUGAGAACAAUUUUGUUCUGGUAAAAGUACCCACAUGGAUUGAUGGUCAAGAAGAAGAUGAGUUUGUCGGUGUUGGUGCUCGAUUUGGUCCCACCUUAGAAUCAAAGGAGAGGAAAGCAAGCCAGACUAGAGUUGCAUUUGCCGACCCUCCUGAUUGUUGCAGUAAACCUAAGAAUAAGCUUACAGGUGAAGUCAUUCUUGUACAUCGAGGUAACUGCAGUUUCACAUUCAAGGCUAAUGUUGCUGAAGCUGCUGGUGCAUCAGCUAUCCUCAUCAUAAACAACCAUACCGAACUUUUUAAAAUGGUGUGUGAAGCCAAUGAAACUUAUAUUGAGAUUGGCAUUCCUGCUGUUAUGCUCCCACAAGAUGCUGGAGCAAGCCUGGUAGAAAGUAUUAAGAAUAACCAUAAUGUUUCCGUGCAGCUUUAUUCUCCACAGCGCCCACUGGUUGAUGUGGCUGAAGUAUUUUUAUGGCUAAUGGCUGUUGGCACGAUCUUAUGUGCAUCUUAUUGGUCUGCAUGGAGUGCCAGAGAAGAAGCCCAUGAGCAGGAAAAGCUGCUAAAGGAUUCUUCAGAUGACUUUGUUAGCAUGGAGGGGGAAGGGAACAAUUUCAGUGGUGUGGUUGAUAUUACCACAACAUCAGCAAUUCUGUUUGUUGUGGUUGCAUCCUGCUUCUUGGUUUUGCUUUACAAAUUAAUGUCGUAUUGGUUCAUCGAGAUUUUAGUGGUUCUCUUUUGCAUUGGUGGUGUGGAGGGUCUGCAAACUUGUUUGGUGGCAUUGUUAUCAUGUUUCAGAUGGUUUGUACAUGCCGGAGAAUCGUUUGUCAAAGUACCCUUGCUGGGAGCUGUCUCAUAUUUGACAGUUGGUGUUUUUCCAUUCUGCAUAGCUUUUGCUGUUGUGUGGGCAGUUUUCCGCCAAGUUUCCUUUGCUUGGAUAGGUCAAGAUAUCCUUGGUAUUGCACUGAUCAUAACAGUCCUUCAAAUUAUUCGAGUGCCUAAUCUGAAGGUCGGAACAGUCCUUCUCAGUUGUGCAUUCUUGUACGACAUUUUCUGGGUGUUUGUUUCCAAGUGGUGGUUCCAUGAGAGUGUUAUGAUAGUAGUAGCUCGUGGUGAUAAUAGUGGAGAAGAUGGCAUCCCGAUGCUUCUGAAGAUUCCACGGAUGUUUGAUCCCUGGGGCGGCUACAGUAUCAUUGGGUUUGGUGAUAUUAUUCUACCAGGACUGCUGGUAGCAUUUUCUUUAAGGUUUGAUUGGCUAUCCAAAAGAAAAAUGCGCAAUGGAUACUUUAUUUGGGCGAUGGUGGCUUAUGGUUUAGGACUCCUUGUAACUUAUGUUGCACUGAACCUGAUGGACGGACAUGGUCAACCAGCUUUGCUUUACAUUGUACCAUUCAUGCUUGGUACACUGCUGACCAUGGGGAAAAAAAGGGGUGACCUCGAGAACUUAUGGACCAAAGGAGGACCGGAGAGGCGGUGCCCACAUGUCCAUCAAGAGUCCCACCAGUAAAUAAAAUCUGUAAUACGGAAGAAUUAACUUGUAUGAUAUGAAAGUCUGAUAGAGUUUUACCUGAAUACAUACCAUAACUAAGAUUGAGAAUGUGCUGCUAAAAACUGUUGGUACUGGUAGUCAUGUAACCUGCUUGUGAGUAGGCAUAUAUAUUAAUUGUAGUAAACAGAUCAAUACAUCAAGUCACAUUUCUCUCA